UUCUCUACAUAGUUCAACAUACACGUUUUGUGCACAUAAAAAGAAGUUCCUAAUAAAUUCCAUCUACAACACAAGCACGUCUAUUUCUCAGGCAUUUUUCUGUUGUUAUCAUUCAGAUUCGACUAUUAUCAUUUGAGAAAUGCCGUUUCGGUAGUAGCUCUGGCAGUAGUCUCUCGGGAGCGCUGUUGGUCGUGAAGGCCUCCGGAAGUGGCGUGCGUAUUGCCGCGGUGGAUAACUGGCUGCACUGGCACCGGAGAGGUGGUUUUACGUCAAGGUGGGUCGGUCACCUGGAGAUAACUGUAAAAUGUCAUCGGCGAAUGUGUGUCAGGCAUGGACUUGACGGCGCGCACGACAGUGACACCCGUUCACUGGCUGGCUCGCGAUCGUUCUGUCAAUUAUGCUGCCGCGUUUUUGAGAUAAAGGAGAACAGCCGCGUCGCACAUUCAAGGAGCUGACCCGACGAGGCGCACGAGGAAGAAAAAAUUUGCAUCAUGGAGGGGGCAGAAGUUACAUUUUUAUUCCAGUUUGGUCUGAUACGUGACACAGUCACGGUCGACAGCAGCACGCUUACUCUUAAGGCCCUGAAAGAUCUCGCCUGUGAUUUUAUAAACACCAAGUGUCCGGAGCACGGAUUGAAUCAUCUAUUUGAGAGAUUAAUUUUAUUCAAGCACGAUUACAAUUCCACAAAUGUUUUGCAGUUGGUUACAAACGCUACGGAAGUAGUUGACGAGACACUAGUAGAAAUCGUGUUGACUGCACAAGUGCCAAGCGAAUACGUUCCCAUUCGACCUCAUACCUUAGCAGUACAUUCCUACAAAGUACCAACAUUUUGCGAUUUUUGUGGUGAAAUGCUAUUUGGGCUUGUUCGACAAGGUCUCAAGUGUGAAGGUUGUGGUAUGAACUAUCACAAAAGAUGCGUCAUUAAAGUACCGAACAACUGUUCACAAGAUGCAAGUCAAAGACGGCGUAGUUCAGCCAUGCUGAAUGUUCCAAGAUCGCCAAGUCAAGGUUCCACUAGCAGCCUGACAAGCAAUACCGAUGAUAAUCACAGUUCAAAUAGUACACUUAACACAAGCCAAAAUAAUAGUACAUUGGCAAUACCAAGUAUAAUGGCACCAAAACAGUCCUCUUCGCCAAUAUUAGGAGGACGACCCGUUUGGGUGGAGCGAGAGCUCGCAACGCGAAUAAAAAUUCCGCACACAUUUGUAGUACACACAUAUACACGCCCAACUGUAUGUGGGUACUGUAAAAAAUUGCUAAAGGGUAUAUUUAAACAAGGCCUUCAAUGUAAAGAUUGUAAAUACAAUACGCACAAAAAAUGUAUGGAUAAAAUACCAAAAGACUGUACCGGAGAAAAUCCACGAGAUAAUAUAGGCGAAUACACAGAUAGUGGUGUUGGCAGUGAAUUAGAAACCAAAUGUGAUAUUAGAAAUGAGGAAGCUGAUGCUGACAGUGACACAGAAUCGUCGCCUCCAACACAAGAUACAUCAUUCAUAAAUAAUGAAAAUAAAAUACCCAAUUAUUAUUCAGAUCAUGCACGAUAUAACGAGGACAUUGCUUAUGAUGAAAGUCAAAAAUCACGACGGUCGAGCUGUAAUUCUACACCAAGUAACAACAUUCCAUUAAUGCGAAUAGUACAAAGUGUGAAACAUACUAAGAAACGUGGGUCUAAGGUAUUAAAAGAAGGUUGGAUGGUACAUUUCACAAAUCGCGAUCCAGUCAAAAAAAAACAUUAUUGGCGGCUUGACACAAAAGCUAUAACACUAUUCCAAAGCGAGAAUGGUUCUAAAUAUUACAAAGAGAUACCAUUAGCUGAAAUUUCAGCAAUUGAAACUGCUAAAACACCUUGUUCAUAUAUAAUGCAUUGCUUUGAGCUAAAAACUGCCAAUGCCGAUUACUAUGUCGGGGAGGAUCCAUCAUACGGAGAUAAUUGCGGCCAAGUCUCUCCUCCCGAAAGUGGUAUCGGAGCUCACAUAGCUAGAUCGUGGGAAACUACUAUUAGACAAGCACUUAUGCCUGUAACUGUGUCGACUAAUCAAGAAGAACCUGAAAUUACUGAACCUGAGGAAAACGUUACCGAUAUGUCACAACUAUAUCAGAUCUUCCCAGAUGAAGUUUUAGGAUCCGGACAAUUCGGCAUAGUUUACGGAGGUGUUCAUCGCAAGAGUGGUCGCGCGGUGGCCAUAAAAGUCAUCGAUAAAUUACGUUUUCCUACCAAGCAAGAAGCCCAACUGAAAAAUGAAGUAGCGAUCUUGCAAAAUCUGUCGCAUAGUGGAGUGGUGAAUUUGGAACGUAUGUUUGAAACAACAGAGCGGAUAUUCGUAGUGAUGGAGAAGCUGAAGGGCGAUAUGUUGGAAAUGAUUUUGAGCUCUGAAAAAGGACGACUCAGCGAACGAAUAACCAAAUUCCUCGUGACGCAAAUUCUAGUUGCAUUGAAACAUCUUCACAGCAAGAACAUCGUGCACUGCGAUCUGAAGCCAGAGAACGUGUUACUGAGCAGCGACACGGAUUUCACUCAGGUGAAAUUAUGCGACUUUGGAUUCGCGCGGAUAAUUGGCGAGAAAAGUUUUCGGAGAAGUGUCGUUGGCACGCCGGCAUAUCUAGCACCGGAAGUUUUGCGAAAUAAAGGCUAUAAUCGUUCCUUAGAUAUGUGGAGUGUUGGCGUAAUUAUAUACGUAUCAUUAAGCGGCACCUUCCCCUUUAAUGAAGAAGAGGACAUCAAUGAACAAAUUCAGAAUGCUGCCUUUAUGUAUCCGCCAACUCCGUGGAAGGAAAUUUCAAGCGAUGCUAUUGAUUUAAUCAAUAAUCUUCUGCAAGUUAAGCAGAGGAAGAGAUAUACCGUAGAUAGAAGCUUGCAACACGUGUGGUUACAAGAUUAUCAAACGUGGUGUGACUUGAGAAAAUUGGAGCAGAAAGUUGGCUAUCGCUAUUUGACUCACGAAAGUGACGACGCACGUUGGAUGGCGUACAGUAAUCACGAGACAUGACAGAACUGUUCGCCUGUUUUGAACAUCGAGGCAUUACCGACUUCCUUGUCACUGCACAAAGGCUGGGCUCGAUAUGCUCGAGCCACUCUACGACGGUUUAUUCGUGCCUGACUCAGUAAAA